AUGGGCUUCAUCAAGAAUGCAUUUGCCUCGUCCACGGGCCCGAGCCAGGUCAAUAAUGGACUGAACCAAUCGUUUCUUCCAUUCUCCGGCGGUGGUGGUAACGAUAACCCGCCGUCUGGCCCGCCUCGUAGUGUGCAUACUUCCCAAUCGCCACAGCCAUAUCCAAACACGGGCCCGGGAUGGACGGACGCUCCACCCGCAUACAGAAUACCACUGGGCGUGCCCAGCAGCAACGACCAAACUGUAAACGGCACUUAUGCCCCAAGAGGCUAUGACAACACCUCAGCGCAGCCAAUGCAACGCCCCCCCUUCCGUCCCAUAGCCCUCCCACAAAUCACCAGCGGCGACGGCCAGCCCUUCCUCCGAGCAUACAGCAACGAUCUAGGCUACUUCGGCAUCACAGCCCGACAUUUCGUGGAAGUGGUAGAUUCGAUCAACAAAGCCAUCAUCCCCAACAAGGCGAACAAAGUUUGCCAAAGUGCUGCAACGGUGGGCGGGCUGUUUCUACCGGGACUCGACGCCGUGGCCUUGAUGGUCGGCCAGAUUGGUGUUGGAGCUGGGUUUGCGGUUGGCCACGCCUCGAUGAUUGCGAGAGCCCUGUCGAAGGCUAAUUUGAACAUCUUCAUACCUGCGGGGCUUGAAAUUGGGCGAGACGUGCCAGACUUGAUGCACAUCGGCACGUCCGCCAAUAUCGACCAAGACCUCGGCAUACCGGAAAGAUCAGUCUCGCCCUAUAGUCCAGGUCCUGAGUCCAGGGUUGCAGCCUAUGGCAAUCUUCUAGCACCUCUUUCGAUGGUCUACCCACCGCUUAACGGCGCAUGGUCGAAGGAUCCCACGACAGAUGAUAGAAACAAUCAGAAUGGAAGAGGAAGGGCAAGACGAGACCGUCGACAAGGGAGACGAGGGAGGAACAGUGAUAAGACUGAUGCCAAGGAAGAUAGUAAACUGCAAUGGCUCAUAGUGAGGCCUGCAAAUCCGGAGAGUGUGGCGAAAUGGCAAAAGACCCUGCAGCAAAGCGAGGCCGCCUUGGAGAAAGAGCCAGAAUGA